UGGAAGCUAGAGAGUUCUUGAGGUCGCCAUUCCUAAAUGCAGCCCCAAUUCUACAACGUCAUCAACGACGAGCUGCGGGGCAGCAAGGAAACGCACCGGGUGAUCGAUCCGCGGACCGAGGAGGAGCUCUGGCCAUGCCCGGUCGCUACGACGCAGGACUUUGAAGAUGCCGUCGCCGCGGCGCAGAAGGCCUUCACCAGCUGGUCCCAGACGACCGUCGCCGAGCGCCAGGCCCUGCUGGUGAAGCUGGCCGACGUGAUCCGCGACAAUGCCGAGGAGCUGGCCAGCAUCCUGAUGCGGGAGACGGGCAAGUCUAAAAUCGUCGCCGACAUCGACAUCCAAGCCGGCAUCGCCCAAUGCCUCUACUACUCCCAAAACGCGCUCGAGGACGAGAUCCAACACGAAGACGCCACAACCAAGGUGGUGGCCACGCACGUCCCGCUGGGCGUGGUAGCCGCCAUCUGCCCGUGGAACUUCCCGCUGAUCCUGUCCAACGUGAAGGUCGUCUGCGCGCUGGUGACGGGCAACUGCGUGAUCGUCAAGCCAUCGCCGUUCACGCCGUACGCGGUCUCGCGCUGGGUCGAGCUGUCGCGCGGCGUGCUGCCGCCCGGCGUCUUCCAGGUGCUCAACGGCGGCGCGGACCUCGGCGCCGCCAUGACGCUGCACCCGGGCAUCGCCAAGAUCAGCUUCACCGGCACCAUCGGCGUCGGCAAGCGCGUGCUCGCCGCCUGCGCCAAGACCCUCAAGAAGGUCACCCUCGAGCUCGCCGGCAACGACGCCUGCAUCGUGUGCGCCGAUGCGGACCUCGACAAGGUCGUCCCCUGCGUCGCCAGCGGCGGGUUCUUCAAUGCCGGCCAGGUGUGCGUGGCCAGCAAGCGGGUGUAUGUGCAUGAGAGCAUCUACGACGAGUUUCUGGCGCGGCUGGUCAGGGAGGUGGAGGCGCAGUACGCGAUUCGGGAGGACGGGUUCGCGCCGAGCGUGUUCGGGCCGCUGGAUAACCGGGCGCAGUUCGAGGUGGUGAAGGGGAUCAUCGAGGACUGCAAGAGCAAGGGGUAUAACAUCGUCACGGGCGGCAAGACGGAGGGCGUCACGGGCAAGGGGUUCUGGCUGCCGCCGACGAUCGUGUCGAAGCCGCCCGAGGACUCGCGCCUGGUGCAGGAGGAGCAGUUCGGCCCCGUGCUGCCGAUCCUCUCGUGGUCCGACGAGGACGACGUGAUCCGGCGGUCCAACCUGGCCAACGCCGGGCUCGGCGCGUCCGUCUACUCGUCGGACCUGGCGCAGGCCGAGCGCAUCGCGCGCCGCCUCGAGGCCGGCGGCGUCUGGAUCAACCAGCCCGAGCGGCCCAACUUCGCCGCCUACUUCGGCGGCAUGAAGGACAGCGGCUUCGGCGGCGAGAUGGGCAAGCAGGGCCUGCUGUCCUACGUCUACACCAAGUGCCUGCAUUUCGCGAAGUGAAGUUUCGUUCAGAGGCAGAGCAGGGCUGGGAAUGGGAAGGAAUAUGGUUGCGUGUCGGUAUUCAGUGUUCGCGUCUUUGUCUACCUAUGUCCUGGCGUUUCUCCUAUGGCAAUUCUGUGCCUAUGCUGUGAACCUGCCUAAUGAAUGCGUCUCUUUGCGGCGCCGUUAUUGAUUUGUCAUAUGACGGACGCGUUAAAGGGCCAACAGUUACGAUGCCACGGCUACAGCUAGGUCAGGCGCCUAUGACGAGACCCGGCCUAGUCCAUCUUGCGUAAGGAGGCAGGAGGCGGGGGUGAAGGCGACGUUUGUGUGGGGAGCGAGAGCGACAGGAAGCAUUAGGUACUUGGCGGCCGAGGGCCAGUGAAGCCUUCCAGAAUCAGUAUCUUGGCAGCUCCGACGAUACAAAGCUAUCGGUGUUUAUUCAUGGAGAGACAGAUCCUCAACCUCACCACCGGCGCCUCACGGGUUGUUUGCGUCAACGAAACUUCCCUGCCAUCCCUUACGCGGACUGCCCGGUCUCUCCAUCCUCCGCUUCCUGGCUGCCGCGCGGGGGGACUUCGACGAUGAGGGCGCAGUAAGAGUAGGUCGUCAUGGUUGAGGGUUCAUUCCCGUACUCAAUAGACAGUCAACGUCUGAGUUUCGA